GAUCCUCUUGAAUCUUGUCAUCUGUGGGAACACACAAGAAACUGGAAGGCUCAUGCUUUCUGUACAUCCCACAAAUGGGUUCGUAAAAGAAGGAGAGACUUUAAAAUUUCAAUGUGGGCCAAAAAAAACAAAAGGCGUUUCUUGGUACAAAAAUGGACAGUAUUUCAGUUCUACACAGACUAACGUUUAUCAAACACUCGCGACCAGUGAAACUGGUGGGUCUUAUCACUGUGAGGUAUAUUUCCCACCACAAAAGAGUGAACCUGUUGAAGUUGUCAUCACUGAUAAAAAUGUGGCUUUCCAUGUUGUCCCAAUUUCACCUUUGGAAGGAGAGACACUGAAACUGAGUUGUCGUUUCAAAUUCAAUAUUCCAUUGAAGAAGGACUUUGUCUUUUAUCGAAAUGGCAAAGAAAUCCAUUCAAUGAAGCUCACAAACCGUGAAUCUUCACAUAGCAUUAAAGUAAACAGCACUGAUGGCAGUGGAUGGUACAAAUGCACAAUCGGUAUGUUUGAAUCCAGAAGUGUUAAAGUUCAAGUUCAAGUUCGAGAACGCUUUGCCAAGCCCGUACUGAGGGUGGAGCUGGCGGCUGAAGUAUUUGAGGGGCUCCGGGUCACGUUGACGUGCAUUGCUCAGGCAGCGCGGCGCUCCAUCCGGCUUCACUACACAUUUUACAGAGAUGGCAGCGCCCUGGAGACAGCGCCGGAUGCUGGCGGUGUGUACACGAUCAACGCAGCGGCUGCAAACGUUUCUGGGAAUUACGCCUGUGAAGCGAUCGACACGAAUUAUGGUCUGAGGAAGAGGAGCGAUAAUAUUCACCUUUCCGUGAAACGUGAACUAUCUGUCAUUAUUGCAGAGUCUCCAGCACAAAUUAAAGGCCUUUCGGCCCAUUGA